CAGGUCGCUUUCGAAUAUCCCAUGGAUGUCUAUUUGUUCCGCUACCGAGACAAGAAUGCUAUUCCAACACAACGAGCGCGUGAGGGCAAAACCGAAUUGGAAUUAAUGCGAUUUUGUGGAUUGAUUAAACGCGUCAAUUUUCAAGAGCUCAGUGGACAGCACAUUCGAAUGAAAAUCAACGAAGAGUUCGCCAAUUUCUUGCAAGGCAGGGAAUGGAUUCUGCUUAGUCGUAUUGUGGUGGAUCCCAAUAACCCGGAUCGCGUUUACCUCUCCGGGAAGCACAUCUUCCCAGCAAAUUUGCCGACAGAGUCUCCAUCAUGGGCGUUCCAGCAGAUGUAUUCGGAAAAUCCAAAUCGCGAAACUGUAAAUCGCAUGUACAUUGCGGCCGACAGCGGAAUCAUCAACAUUUCACGAGAACUUGUCGAGAGAUUUGCUGAGUCCGAAGGGAAGACUGUUGAAGAGCUGGGACUGCGUGGUUUUACCGAUGAAUUAAACGGUAACAGUGGGAUGCGCAACAUUUUACGAUCCUUCGGCGCCAGUACGUCGCGAUUAAGCGGCGCCAGUACAUCGGGAUUGUCAAGCCAGCGUACUUCUGAUUUGGCUGCUCGUAAUAACUCUAUAUUUGACGUUUCACCCUCCUCGUCGCCUCAACCAGUGCGCCGUGGCACUGUUGCGGCCCAGCUAAACCAAGAUGUCAGUGGUAUUCAUCGAAGUCUCCGAUCCACUGUGCCUAUCAUCUACGUUCCUUCAGAUGAAAGUGAUGCGGAAGAUGUUGCACUUGAAAACAGCGGCGCCAGUGAAAUCGCAAACCACCAGUUGCCUGCUAAACGAAUGCGCGUGGGAAACUUUCCUGACCAGGAAGAAAACGCUGUGGAAGCAUCGGUGGAGCAGUUGCGUUAGCAAUUGUGUGUAAAGGUCACCGGACGAGAACCCAUGUUCAAGUCGAAUUACGUGUUUGAAUGGAUUCCCGGGAACGAUAACGUCCAGAACUGGAUCGACUUCCACUAUGCGCAUGGUCCUAAUUUGGCUGAUGGGGGAAGG